AAAAAAUGUGUUAUUUGGUCAUGACAAAAUUAGGUCAACUAAGAGCAUAGUCAAACCACCAGACUAAUAACCCUUAUAAAUCCCCUAUGGGCAUGACCUCCUCAAUUCCAUUCUUUCUUUUCCAACCAAAACCAGUUAAACCAACCACAAUCAAAUUCAAGAAGAAUAAAGAACCCCACAAAAACAUAUCAUUUUCUCAAACAUUUGCAUGAAAUCAUGGUGGUUUUACCAAAAAAGAGAGAAAGAGAAAGCGAGCUUGAUACCAUAACAACCAUGGCUAAUUACUUGAUGCUUCUUUCUAGCCAAGAAAAUCAUUUUGACAACAUCAACAACUCUCCUAAUCGAGUUUUCGAGUGCAAAACUUGUAAUAGACAAUUUUCUUCAUUCCAAGCUCUUGGUGGUCAUAGAGCAAGACACAAGAAGCCAAGAUUAAUGGGGGAAUUGAAUUAUCAUCAGUUGCCAACUUCUCCUCCUAAACCAAAAACACAUGAGUGUUCAAUUUGUGGACUUGAGUUUCCUAUAGGUCAAGCUUUAGGUGGGCAUAUGAGAAGGCAUAGGGCUAUGUUGAAUGAAAAUAAAAUUCAAGUUCCUCAUCAUGUUGUAAAGAAAUCAAAUAAUUGCCGAAGAGUUUUAUGUUUGGAUUUGAACUUAACCCCGUUUGGAGAAUGAUUUAGAGUUCAAGGUCGGAAAGUCAACUCCUGUAGUUGAUUAUUGAACAAAUAAAUCCUAUCUAGACGCUAUAUUUUUGUCUCUUUCAAUUUUAUUUCUUUCCUUUUUCUUCUUAUGGAUCCUGUAUUAGUUAGAUAGGGAUUUAUGUAUUUGUUUAUACGAUGGAUAUAGGCUGGACGGAAGUAUACAACAUGCGUAGGGUGGUCAAUUGCUCGUCGGAAAAUUAUACGAUGUAUAUACAUCAAAUAACACUUCUUUUAUAUAUUUAUUAAAUCUUGAA